CGCUGCGCGACCGCAGCGGCACACUUUGCGCGUCUCGUUCUUUUGUGCUCCGUGGCGGAAGGAAGAGAGCGAGAGAGAGAAAAAAAAAAUCCUUGCAGCCAGGAUGAGAGAGAUCGUGCACCUCCAGGCCGGCCAGUGUGGCAAUCAGAUCGGGGCCAAGUUUUGGGAAGUUAUUAGUGAUGAACAUGGCAUUGAUCCCACUGGAACCUACCAUGGUGACACUGACCUGCAAUUGGAGAGAAUUAAUGUCUAUUACAAUGAAGCUUCAGGUGGCAAAUAUGUGCCUCGUGCUGUCCUUGUGGACCUGGAGCCUGGUACUAUGGACUCUGUUCGUUCUGGACCCUUUGGGCAGAUCUUCAGGCCAGAUAACUUUGUUUUUGGGCAAAGUGGUGCUGGCAACAACUGGGCCAAAGGUCACUACACGGAAGGAGCUGAACUGGUCGACUCUGUUCUGGAUGUGGUGAGGAAGGAGGCUGAGGGAUGUGAUUGCCUCCAGGGAUUUCAGCUCACCCAUUCACUGGGUGGUGGUACUGGCUCUGGCAUGGGCACACUCCUUAUUAGUAAAAUUCGUGAGGAAUACCCUGACAGAAUAAUGAAUACUUUCAGCGUUGUGCCUUCACCAAAAGUGUCAGACACUGUAGUAGAACCUUAUAAUGCAACUCUGUCUGUCCAUCAGCUUGUGGAGAACACUGAUGAGACCUUCUGUAUUGAUAAUGAGGCACUGUAUGACAUCUGUUUCCGUACCCUUAAAUUGACAACUCCCACUUAUGGUGACCUGAACCACCUUGUGUCAGCCACUAUGAGCGGUGUAACAACAUGUCUGCGUUUCCCUGGUCAGCUGAAUGCUGACCUGCGUAAACUAGCAGUGAACAUGGUCCCCUUCCCCCGUUUGCAUUUUUUCAUCCCAGGCUUUGCUCCUUUGACCAGCCGUGGUAGCCAGCAUUACCGUGCCCUCACAGUACCUGAGCUUACCCAGCAGAUGUUUGACGCAAAGAACAUGAUGGCUGCCUGUGACCCUCGCCAUGGCCGUUACCUGACCGUUGCUGCCAUUUUCCGGGGCCGCAUGUCCAUGAAAGAGGUGGAUGAGCAGAUGUUGAACGUCCAGAACAAAAACAGCAGCUAUUUUGUUGAAUGGAUUCCCAAUAAUGUCAAGACAGCUGUCUGUGACAUCCCACCUAGAGGCCUCAAGAUGUCUGCCACCUUCAUUGGCAACAGCACAGCCAUUCAGGAGCUGUUUAAACGCAUCUCUGAGCAGUUUACUGCCAUGUUCCGGAGGAAAGCUUUCUUGCAUUGGUACACUGGUGAGGGCAUGGAUGAGAUGGAGUUCACUGAGGCUGAGAGCAACAUGAAUGACCUGGUAUCUGAGUACCAGCAAUACCAGGAUGCUACAGCUGAGGAAGAGGGUGAAUUUGAGGAGGAUGAAGAGGUUGCCUAAACAGUAUUGUGGUCAGCUAAGAAUUUAUUCAUUUUGCAGAGACCUGUCUAAUGUCCUUUUCUUCCUAUACUUCACACUAUUCAUAUGUUCUGCAUUUCUAUCUUAAGCUGUAUAAAAUUUCAGUUGUAACCUCCUGGUGGUAUCUGCAGCAUUGACUUGUACAAUUGGAAUCACUGUAUACAUGCAAUACGUAUGGGUUGUAUUAGUCUUCUCCCUUGAAACUGUAGUUUUUUUUCUUGGAGGGAGGAGUCCUAGUAAGAUUUUCCCCCAGUAAGUUGCUAUCGGGUCUGCCAUAUUGGACCUGUCUUUGAGCAAAUUUAAUUGAGGUUGGAGGUUUGAUACAGAACCCCUAUAACAUUAUAGUGGUACCUGUUGUCACUAGGAUGCAGAUUGACUGCCAACCUAACUAACCUGGUCCUGCUAUGUAUAAGCAGAGCAUCUUUAAAGUAGAGACACUGGCCUGUCUCCAGAAGACUGAUUGCCUUUUCAUCGUGGAAUACAUUUCUUACAGUCUAAAUAUAAUUUUAUCCACAAUGUUGCUUUUCAUUAAAGGAGGGUAUCAUUUUUAAGACAUCCUCUAUUUCUGGCCAGAUGUUAAUCAUUGUGAAAGUGAAAAGUUGUAAAAUGUUUGUAUUUUUGAUUUAGUAUGAAUCAGUGCCACUGUAUUGACGCAGAAGAUUUCAAUUGACCUCAUUUGGUUGCUAGUGUAUUUAUUCAGUAGGGUUGCCAUUUUUUAAUGUCCAACAGUCAAAUUUAAGUGGACUGUCAAAGUUCAUCCUGUAAAUUGGGCAGAAAAUACUUUCUGAAAUCUUAUUUGCAUUUUUUCAAUGUUUUCUAUUAACAUUAUGCUCAGUAGAGCAGUCCAAUUCAGGCAGUGAACCUACCCACUGACUUGUCUGAAUUUUCUAAAGUGGCAGCCCCAGUGUUGCAAAGCAUGCUCAUUUCCACACUUCUGCAAAGGUAGACAGUGGCUUUCAGAUAUAGCUGCCAGCACUCCAGGCAGAAUGUAAACACUUCAUGUUCUGUUGGCAAUUUCAUCAAUGUCACUAUCCACAUCUGAGCUGUUUGAUUGCUAAUGUUCUGAAACCUUUGUAUGGAGAUUGCUCCUGUAAAAUAAAUCAUGUUUGACCAUUAAA